CGAAUUACUAGUUAGUCUGACGACACUGUGAGUCGAGACGUGUUCGUAACGUGUAGCGUCGAUUCAGCUAUUUUCAUUCACGUUCAUAUAAUUUAUUGGACCAAAUUUGAAUUAAUUUAUUCAACAAAAAUGGUACCGUACAUCGAGAUGGCCACUUACGGUCAAGGUGGUUGCUUACACGAUUUAUUUACCACACAAGCGGCUAAAACACCCAACAAGACAGCAGUUGUUACAGCCGAUGGCCAAAAGAUUACAUUUGAUGAACUGAACACUAUCACCGAUGUGUUAGCUGAUAAAUUACGAAUCUGUGGUGUUGGUAGAAAUAAAGUGGUUGGUAUUUUCAUGGAAAGAUGCUUGGAGUACACCGUCAGUUACAUUGCUAUAUUAAAAGCAGACGGUGCAUAUCUUCCCAUCGAAAUGUCUUAUCCGAACAACCUAAUACAAUCGGUACUGGAGGACUGUAAGCCAGUUGUAAUUUGCACCAAAGCAGCAUACAAUCACUUGCUUAACACCAACAUAACUACAUUGUUCCUACAAAACAACUGGGUCGAACAGUAUGAAGAGGAGAUUAAUCGACUGGCCGUCAAACCGACCCGCGAACAUGUUUUAUUGGAUGACAUGGCGUAUACGGUUUAUUCAUCGGGCACGACUGGUCGACCGAAAGGUAUCGUAUGUCCUCAUCGCGGAGCUGUUUACUCUUAUGUAUGGCGACAUCUCGCAUUUCCAUAUGAUGACGAUGAUCGAGAAGCGUGUAACGUAUUUUUCGUAUGGGAGAUGUUGCGUCCAUUGUUAAAAGGCAUUCCAAUGUACAUUAUACCCGACAACGUUAUUUAUGAUCCACCGAGAUUGGUGGCAUUCUUAAAAGAACAUAAAAUCACUAGAAUGCUGUUCACUCCAUCAUUACUGCAAGCGGUACUAGAUACUCAAGCAUCAUCUUUAAAGGAUUGCUUUAAGACAAUGAAGCAAAUUUGGUUGUGCGGUGAAGUCGUAACAACUACACUAAGAAACCGUAUCGCAUCGUCUCUUCCUUGGGUGAAAAUAUUAAAUCUUUACAGCAUUUCGGAAUGUCAUGACGUUGCUUGUUCAGAUUUGACCGAAGGAUUUGGCCUUGAAGGAAGGACCUACUGUCCAGUGGGUAAAAUUUUCAACGGUGUCCAUGUCGUAGUGAUGGAUGAUGACUAUAAUGUGAAAUCAAUCGGCGAUCCUGGAGAAGUGUAUGUCGGUGGACCAACUUUAGCCAUUGGCUACUUAAAUAGGCCGGAUCUAAAUGAGCAACGUUUUAUCAAAACACCUCCAUCUCUGGUGGAUGCAUACGGUUCACGCUUAUAUCGAACCGGCGAUUGGGGAUACCUACUGAGUGAUGGUAGUUUGGAAAUAAUAGGCCGUUGUGAUUCAAUGGUAAAAAUACGAGGCUACACUGUCGAGUUGAAAGCGGUUGAAGCUGCAUUUCUAACCAUCCCAGAAAUAAACAUGAGCUGCGUUUUGUCGAUUGGUACGGAAGGAAGUGAUAAAUUUCUGGUGGCAUAUGUGGUGCUCAAUGAAGGUUAUCCCAGAAAUGUCAACAAUAUCCGUUUGAAGCUGAAAUUUCUGUUACCAUUCUAUAUGAUUCCUUCCCAGUUUGUGUUUUUGGAGAAAAUUCCGAUUCUCGACUCUUCGGGUAAAAUCAACAAAAAAGAGUUACCACCCGUACGAGGGUUCAGUGAGGAGGAUAUAAAUGUGCAAAAUUUUUCCAAUCCAUUAGCCAGAACACUGGCUACAAUUUGGUGCAAAAUUUUAAAAAUUUCCUCUGUAGAUGCAACCGACAAUUUUUUCGAUUUAGGCGGACACUCCUUACUGGCAGCCACAGCCGUGAACCAAAUAAAUGAAGAGCUUGAAAUAGAUCUAUCAGUUUUGGACCUGUAUAGCAGCUCCACCAUCGAAUUGUUGCUGCAAAAAAUCACGACUGGUGAAAGUAAUAAAAAGUCAGAGAUAAACUUGUUGGAGAGCUUAGAUUCAAUAGCCAUCAAACACAUACCAAAUUUGCAAUUACGAGUGUUUUGGAAGUCUGUGAACUUACGAAAAGAACAAUUUUCUCGUGGCAAUAUUCUGUUGACAGGAGCAACUGGAUACCUAGGGAGUUUUGUUUUGAAGCAAUUACUGGAAGAAACGCAAGCUACCAUUUACUGUCUGGUUCGAACGUCAACGUCACAAAAUGCUUACGAACGUCUCGAGAAUGUACUGACUACUAGAAGAAUACCAAAAGAUUAUUUAGCGACCCGAAUAGUCCUAAUAAGUGGCGAUGUCUCACUGAACAAAUUCGGAAUGGAUGAUGUCGACUACAUGGCUAUAUCUUACGAUGUUAGUGCCGUUAUUCAUUGUGGUGCACAAGUCAAUUUAAUUCUUCCAUACGGAGCUUUACACAGUGCCAACGUUGUUGGCACUCAAAUGGUGUUAGCCUUUUGUAUGGAUGGAAAAUUAAAGCCAUUGCAUUACAUUAGUACAAGUGAUGUGUUUCCCGAAAAUUUGAAAAAUUGCCAAGAAACGCAUAACAUGCUCGAACAUACCGAUCAUCUGCAACACGGUUAUGGUCAGUCCAAGUGGCUUGCCGAACAGAUCGUUAAUUCGGCUUCGGCGAAUGGAUUACCAGUGGUAAUAUCCAGAUUUGGAAAUAUUGCCGGUAGCCAGACUUUACCGGUUUGGAAUGAUAACGAUCUGAUUCUGUUGAUAUUACGUGGAGUCAUUUUAUCAAGAUCAGCUCCUGAUAUUGAUUGGAAGGUGGAACUGUCACCUGUCGAUUUUAUCGCUGAGUCGAUAGUUAAACUCACUAUGGGCGUGACCACUUAUUUUGGGAAAAAAUUCAACUUCAUCAACUCCGACACAAUGGAUUGCCAGAACAUAUGGCAAUAUCUUCAGCAAAUUGGUUACGAAAUCAAUAUUGUUCCGUACGAGCAAUGGACCGAAUCUGUUCGGAAAACAGCUGCACAUUUUGAUAAUCUUAAACCACUGGUUCAGUUACUCAGUACUCGGUUAAAGACCGACGAUUACCUAACAAAAGCUUCCACAUUCGCACAGGACAAUGUUAGUAAGCUUUUGUCAGAUUGUGGUUCCACAUAUCCUCGUUUCAAUAACAUCAUGUUGGAUAAAUAUAUGAAAACGUUAAUGGAUGGUCAGUACAUUCCUGCUCCUCCAAGACAUGAUUCGAUCCAAUUCCAAUUAACGAAAUCGGUCAUUACAUCUCUCAGUGGAAAAGUAGCUCUCGUCACCGGUGCAUCGUCUGGUAUUGGAAGGGCCAUAGCAAAACAAUUGGCAAUGUCUGGAAUAAUAACUGUAGCGGUAGCAAGACGAAUCGAUAAACUAAUGGAGCUACAAAAUGAGUCCGAAUACGCAUCGACAUUGGUGCCAAUGAAAGUCGAUGUGACCAACAGAGAUGAGGUAUUUUCGUGUAUUUCUCAAGUCAAAGCGAAUGUGGGCUCAAUCGACAUAUUGGUCAACAGUGCUGGAUCAAUGGACUACUGUAAAAUGAUCGAUUGCCAACUAGAUUCAUGGGUGAAAAUGGUGGAAUUGAAUUGCAUUGGUCUUUUAAAUGUUACUGCUGCAGUAUUACCUCAUAUGAAGGGUAGUAAGUCUGGUCACAUUGUAAAUAUAACAUCAGAUGCCGGUAGAAAGCCCUUUGCUGGACUUGCUGUCUAUUCCGGCACUAAAUACUUCGGCGAAUGUGUUUCGGAAGCCAUGAGACAGGAACUGGUUCCGUACAACAUUAAAGUUACCUGCAUUCAACCUGGUGAUACGACUACUGAAUUGCAUGGUAAAACGAAAAAUCCAGAGUUACUAGCGGAAUAUGGAACGCAAGCUGAAUAUCUGAGAGCGGAUGAUGUGGCAAAUGCGGUUCUAUACGCACUGAAUCAACCGCCAAAUUGUGCUGUUAAUUCGAUUCUAUUGGAACCAAUUGGUGCUCCGAUAUAAUUUACGGAUUCGGCAAAAGUUCCUAAGGUUUUAUUCGUGUAGAGUUACUGCUGAAUGCAAACCACAAGUUUGUAGGGGCGAUUCGGA